AGAUCCAAAUGAAGUGGGAGAGGUGGGGGAGGAUGUGUUGAUUUCUCGUAGUGUGUAGAGGGGCUCGCUGGCUCGCCGUAGUCCUGUGACGUGAACCGGAUAAGUACCUCACUUACACUCAUUUAUCGAAGCCGUUCUCUAAAAACAUAUCGCGCACGCACCUUCUUUUUCUUCGAAGCUUGGUUCAAGAUGUCGCGCGAGUUGUCGACACGACGCAAAGCACAGGAAUGAUCCUAAUUCGCUUACGCUCAGCGCACACCGAUGGAGACAUGUGGAUGGACAAAGUGCCAACGCCACGGCAGCCCUCAUGAAUAGCCGAACCUCGACUCAAAAGGUUUGAUCGGAGGGACGUGUAAAAAACGACACGAUGGGCAAGACCGGGUACACCUGCGUGAGGCACACCCUCUGCUGCUACAACCUGCUCUUCUGGAUCCUAGGCUGUGGCAUGACAGGGGUCGGGGUGUGGCUCCACGUGGCGUACGGGGGAUACUCGACGGUGCUGCCCACGUACCGCAUGCUGAGUGCAGACGGACUCUGCCUCACUGCCGGAGUGGUCACCUUCCUGGUGGCCUUUUUGGGCUGCUGCGGGGCCUGGUUCCAGAGCCGGUGCAUGCUAGUCACCUACUUUGUCCUGGUGAUCCUCAUCUUCUUGCUCGAGUUUGCUGCGGGCACUUUGGGAUUUGUGUACCGGCGACAUAUUGGCCAGUCACUCAUGGAGGAGAUGAAGGUGGGCAUCCAAUUGAAGUACAACCCAGACAACUACAAUGGCCUGGCUGAAGUUUGGGACCACAUCCACUCAAAAUUCCAGUGCUGUGGAGUGCGCAGCUACCGGGACUGGCACCGGAUCUCAGCGUGGCCGGAGCAGGAGUGGGUGCCCCAGUCGUGCUGCCUGGACGAGUUUGUUAACGGUACUGCCUGUGGUACUGCUGGCAACCCUGAUCUGCUGCACCAGGGGGGCUGUUACCAGAAGCUACACAUGUGGAUCAUGAAGCGACUCUACAUCGUGGGCAUAGUCUGCAUGAGCUUCGCCUUCGUGCAGCUCUUUGGGCUCAUCUCGGCCAUGUUGUUACUCUGCACUGCCAGCGAAAAGAGAAAAAAGAAACACUCCAGAUACAUCCAGUAUGCUGCAAUGGUAUGAGGCAGCAAGAAUAUGCUCACCUUGCGGAACUUCGAAUGCCAGACAGCUUGGAGCUCGAGGCGGCACGAAGAACCAUCCGCUGCGCACGAUCGACGUGCGGGCAGCGAUGACGACGCAACUCGUGGUAGAACGCAGCCGGGAGGCAGGUCACAAACGGCUGCCCAUCCUACUUCUGCGUCUGAAUCCUUUAUCCUGUUGGACCCUAGAUAGGUUUUGUUAGACGUGGGGAAACAUAGCAGCUUAUAUUUUUGUCCUCUGUCGGGGAGUCUAGGGACUUUUCAUAGAACCGAGUGCAGGGUCCGAUUUUGACGGCACUCCUGUUGAAGGUUUUCGAGCACCAGUGAGUUUGUUUACAAAGUUGAGAGUGGUGUACGGACCGGCAUCAAUGCUCGCGUCCGUUUUUUUGGAGAUGGGUUGAGGCGCGACAAUAGACCAUUUUCAAAAUUUUGUCCGGCAACUUUGAUCACUGUCAGCAUUCCAGUGUAUUGCAUCUGUGCCACUCUAAUGGUGGCCUUCUUGAGGCUGACAAAGGAAGAAAUUGAAAAUACUAUGAAACGGAGGAUAUUUGAGACCUGUUUCUUUGAGAUGUCAGUAUACAACACAACGCACAAAUUGGAUACAACGGCUGCAUAAGCGUUGAUUCCGGAGUGUGGUCCAAUCAAUCUAUUUGGUACAAGUUUGGCACUAAAGCCUUUUGAUGGCAGAAAUAUAAUCGAGGCACUUAUGGUUCGCCGCUUUGCACUGGUCAGUUCUUAUGUUCAAACUGAAACAAAUCAAAAAAGAAUUAUGAGGUGAUCGAAGAACCAAUUUUCAUCUUCCAAUGACUUGCGAAAGUGAUGGUGCCCGACUAACUUCAGUUUCAUGAACUUCAUUAGUUUGCCAAAAUUGAAACUGCUUGUUGAGCCACCAGAUGUCACUGAAUUUUGAAAACGGUCUAUUGGCAGGCUCCUGUUCUGGAACGGUGAGACUUUUGGGCUCCCUUCGUUCCAAGAGCAGCCAAGUGUUGGCGGCGAGCAUGCGAGUGUUUAGUAUUUAUAGCACAUUUAUUGCAACUAAAGUCGCGAGUUUCGUAUAUUUUCUAAGUGACGGCUGGGCCAGAACUUGCCAUUGGACCGCGAGAGCUCUCUGCGCGCAUUCUUGUUGGUGGGUGGCUCAAAGUACAACUCACCUAAUUACCCAGCUCAGAUCUGUUUGCGACGCUUGCGAAGGGCUAGGUGUUGCGACGUACUGUCGCGCGACUUUCCUUCUUGUUUUCGUUCUAUGGAAAUGAGAGGUGGCAUGUCGUGUGUUCACAUCAGCACAACGUGCGUAGUCGACAUAUUUCUACGCCUUUUUUAGAGCCUUCCAACUUUAUAUUUUUGAAGUGGAAUUUGACGACCUUCACUGGAGGGUGGGGGGGAGGCAAUUGAGUACAGCUUGCUUAACAGUUCCCGCAGUAUGCUUUUACUCCUGACAUUCCAGUUUAUUCGCUCUGUUAUUUUUUUUGCAAUUUCGGGUCGUCACCGGCUCUGUGACGAUUCUGCUGCGGGCACAUUUGCAGGUGUGCGCGGGAAAAACGGGCAAGGGCCACUCACGGUAGAAAGAUGAUAGAAAAAUGGGUUCACCGCUUUGGUCGCGGCUUGCAUGCUUUUUUUCUGAAGUCGACGUUGGUAAGAGAAGUGCUUGUGAAUCCACUGGAGGCUCGUUAGGACGCCACUGGGAGCAGACGGCGUCAGUGUCUACGGGUUAACAUUCCGAAUAUACAGAAGGCGACGUAUCACGAGCAUGGGAUUUUUCGCAGUGUCUCACAACGACAAAGUACAACCGCUUUGCCUCGCGCGAUGCACGCUCGUACUGGUCUUUAUGUGCGCGCAACACAGUGCUGGACUCGGUUGCAAAUGCGAUUGAAGACCAGGUUUCCCGUUUUAAUCCGGCCAACCAUGAUUAAUUAAUGUAACAUUAUUGCCCCAUUAUCUAACUAAGGGGCACGAUCGUUGUCCAAAGCCCACCUCGUCAGUUUGCAUUUGAAUCCAGCACGACGAUGCGUACAGUAUAGUAGCGCAAUAGUGAUGUGUCGUUAAUUUAACCAGAUUAUGCAAAACCCAGGCUUCCGUGCGUUCCCCUGGCCACUGUGGUGGACGUGAUUUCUGCGCGGGCGGUGAUUGCUUGCCGGGACCAAGUUUUGUAAGAGCUGCGAGUGUCCUCAAAUGAAACUUAGAAAGUUUGGUGGUUUUACGACGUAUUUGACUCUUUGCCUGCUCCGUUUGUUUUGCAUGUAGGGGUUUGAUAGAAAAUGUGGCAUGGUACAAAUGUGCAGUGUAGGGUUUCCCUCUUUUUGCUUGUCAUUUGAAUUUUAUUGGCUGCACUCCUUAAUUUGAUUUAGGGUUGAAAAAUCUGUCUGCAUCAUUCCUCCUCGAGUUUGUGCAAAACCAAAAGUAUUCUCGUAAGCAGUCACCGUUCGAACCUCUUCCGUCUUAUGUGUCUAUUAGCUGCAUAGUAGUGGCGUUGAGCAACUAGGUGGCGUGACUGUGCAGCAUUACGUCUAGUUACCACUGUACCAUGUUAGUGUAUAACCAAAUAACAUAUCGUAAAACAAAAGAGACUAAAUGUGCCAGUCCACUGCCUUUUAUGAGCAUAGGCGUAUUAUAUAUAUAUAUAUAUAUAUAUUUACGGAUGGAGAGCACUGUUGACAUAUUAUUUAUGGGAUAUUUAUAUGGACAGCUCUCGUGACUGUGGAAAGACAGGCCCAGUAUAUUUUCAUGUCGUGUCGGCAACGGUGAAGUGUAAGAAUAUGUUGAGAUGACAGAAUCUAUCUAGAGGCGUACAGAAAGAAAUCCUUUAUGUGUAUUUGCAUGGAUAUAUUUUUUUGGAUAUCGCGGUGUUCGGACUCCCGUAAUAUUGCCUGGUGUUGUUGAACUUGCGACGCAUAUUCUUUGGUUAUGUCCGUAUAAUUAUAUUUACAAAAGAAACGAAAACUGUGUGUCCUGUUUUCGUACAUUUCGCAGCAACUUUGUAGAUUGUAGACUAUACUUCCUUGUUGAGAAUGUGAAGUAAGGCAACAUGCACAGCAAUUUGUUUCAACGUAGCUCUUUUAUUGCCAUUCCAGAUAUUACGACUGAACGGAGUGUGGCAUUUCAUAUGAUAGUUCUGUCUGUCUGUCCAUAGUUUACUUGUACACGGUAUAAAUCUUUCCGUCGGAACUUUACGCAACGAAAAAAUAACUUUUUUAAAGGUGUUGUCACUGCCACAAGGGGUAUGCACUGUGAAGUGUUCAGCACAAAUGUCUACAUUGCGUCUACUGUUUGUAAACGUUUUUAGGAAACAGAAUUUUAGGAUUUUCGAUGUCCGGAUGGCGUAGCCACUCGUCAAUUAUUACGCGACAGUUUAGUGGGUCAAAAAAUUUGUGGAGCACUCGGUGUUUGAUGUGCGCAUGCAGCAGGGUGUCGUGAAGACAUGUGGUUACUAUAUUUUACACACUGGACCAACUUUGUCAGGAUUCAAAGUGUAUGUCUGGCCCACUGAUAUCGUGUGCCAUCUGAUGCAUCUAUGUAUUUCCAUUGACGCGGGCUCGUAGCUCGGGACUAUGCCUAGCGGUCUCCGUGACUAUGCAUUGAGUACAAGCUGACAAAGCGGCUCAAAUUACCGUACCGUAGCCAGUCUUUGCCGUACGGUCAUGCAGAUGUGUAUGCAGUUGUUUUGUAACCGGAGCAUUCCAAGGGGAGAAAUAUGAGAACUACAAUUCUUUUGCAAAAGAAUGGCAAAGAUGUUUAGCACAAUAUAUGCACACACGCAGGCAUGUUGUCUACAUCUACCUGCAAUUACUGUCGAAAGCUGACUUUUCAUACGUUAGGUAAAAAAACGAGAGAUAUCGAGAAAGAUGUAGGAAGGACAUUUUAAAUUGCAUUAGUGUAGGCUGUGCAAGCCAGAGACUCAAUGUGCUGCAAACAGAAGAAAUAAAAUAAAACUCAGAUUGGUGAGUCUGUUCCUUUCACCUGUACAAAGUUGUUGCGUCUUCACAAUUGCAAGAAGAGCCAUACCUUCCGACUGUCAACAAUGUUAAAGAGUGUGUGCUAGUACAAUAAAAUGGUGAAUAAAUAA